GAUGCCCUUUGACAUGACUGUGGUAUUUGACAAGUGUGUUUCCGAAUUUGGAAUUUUGGACCGAGUCAGACAUUUAGAUAUCUCUCGUUACAUAUGCAACUCUUGGUUAGCUAAGAAGAGACAAAACGCUUUUUGUCAUAUGCGCGUCGAUAUGUUAUACAUUUGUAUAGGUAUUAUUUAUACAGUAGAAUUUACUCACUCCAGUUUCCAUGUAUAAUAUAUCUCUAUGGUUUGGCGGACCGCUGCGCGGUGUUGUGGUAAAUUUUGUUUUUUUUUGUGGAUUUCAUAAAUUUUCCAGAGAAUGUCAACUUGGCGUCCCAGUGAGGAGGCUCCUCAGGAUUUCAACAUGGUUCUUUAUGACAUUGAAGAUGAAAGUGGCAAUGAAGAGGAGCCGAGUGGAUAUGAAGAGAUCUGUGAUGAAUCAGAAAUCAUUGAAGAGGAGGUUUAUGAGUGCCACUCGCCGGAGGCUCCACCGUACUCUCCUCUCCCAUCCCCACAGCGCCGCGACAGGUUGCCGUCAAUGUAUGAACAACCGCCAUCGCGCAUAGCGUCCCGAGACAGGUCCCGGUCUCCUAUAUUUUCGUCGGAUAUCGCGACUAUGCCUGUUGUCGUCAUGCUUUACGAAGAAAAUGGUACGCAACUGGGCGCUGACGGCGGCGAUGACGUCUUUUUAGACCCGGAUACCCAUGCAUUGUAUGUGUCCCCUGUGGAGCGUGAUAGAAAUGAAAGGAGAGAGAAUGAGCUUAGACAUGGAAGUAGAUCUGGGCGGAGAGGAGGACGAACAGGUAGUGUGCGAGGACGGAGUGCGCGUGGGUAUCCAAGCCAGGGUCGAAGAAGGGCUCGUCAGUGGGUCCUGGGAUACCCACUUAACGAAAUAUGGGUAGACGAUGCAGACGUACCCCCCGAAUUGUUAAGGUUGGCGACGGAUGUAUUGAGGAAACGACAGACGAGUAUGCAAGAUGCUGAGAGAAACGCUGAAUUAGAGAGUGCUAGCGAGAGCAAUAGUGAUGAUGAAUUUUUCGACGCUAGUAAUGGAGCAGAUGAUCUCCCACGACUGGAAGGCCAGAACCUUCUCUUUGAAUGGUUUCCUAUGGAUACCUUUCAAGGUCACGAAGAGGAUUUUAAAGUAGAGCGUACUGGUUCGGUCCGUGUGUUCAAUUCAGCUUAUGACGCUUUUCGUUCCUAUUGGGACGAUGAUGUCCUAAACCUAAUUGUGACUGAAACGAACCAGUAUGCUACGACAAUUGCAUCUACUGGUUUCCAGUCUGAAUGGUACCCCACUAACUUGCACGAAAUUUUGUGCCUCUUUUCGUUCUGGAUGAUGUUGGGGAUCGUCAAAAUGCCAACUAUAGUCAGUUGUUUUUCUGUCGAUCCUCUUCUGAAAACAGAAGUUUUCAGGCGCAUCUUUACACGACGGAGGUAUGAAAUGCUUAUUAGAGCGUUACAUUUUGUAGAUUCCAACCCCGUUGUCGACAAUUCAAAUCCCUCCAAUACUGGCGCUAGGUGCUAUGACCGAUUACACCGUUUGAGACCUAUAAUAACACAUUUAAAUUCGCGUUUUCAAUCAAAUUAUGUUUUAGAUAAAAAUAUUUGCAUAGACGAAAGUCUAACCCUAUGGAAAGGAAGAUUAAACUUUAAACAGUAUAUUCGGACCAAAGCUUCUAAGUUUGGUAUCAAAACCUUUGAGCUUUGCGAGGCGUCCACCGGCUACCUGUGGUCUUUUAUUGUUUACACCGGUAAACAAUCCGCGACGGAGUUGGAGCAGUCGCCCGGGGUGCUUAAAAGCACAGCUGUAGUGAUGAAGCUCAUUGGUCCCCUACUAAACAAAGGUUAUAGAUUAUUUAUGGAUAAUUGGUAUAAUUCUCCCUUGUUAGCUAGGUUUUUGAAGCUCAAUGGCACCGACUGCGUCGGUACUUUGAGACCUUCACGUAGAGACGUUCCCUUAAUAGUAAAUAAGGCUCCGCUUAAAAGGGGAGAAUUCAUUGCGAGACAUUCCGGGGAUGUCUCAAUAUUAGCGUGGCAAGACAAGAAACGAGUAACCAUGAUUUCUACUUGUCAUGGUGCAUAUACUGCCUUGCCUACAGUUCCAACACGACCACCAUCUCGGCCAGUGCCAUUUAAACCGCAAGUGGUACUGGAUUACAAUAAGUUCAUGGGGGGGGUAGAUAUGAAGGACCAAAUGCUCGAGCCUUAUUUACUAGAAAGGAAACGUUGUGCUAAAUGGUACAUGAAACUUUUUAAACGUCUUAUCAAUGUUUCUAUCCUCAACUCUCGCACUCUUCUGCAGUCAUCCACAAAAAAACAUCACGAUCAUCUAGCUUUCCGCCUUCACCUUGUAGAUUACAUCCUCCAAAAACAUCUUUCUCAUUGUCCUCUAAGCCGUAGUCAUACUGCUUCCAUCAGUAGAUCUUUGCACCAACAACCCGAUAGAUUUAUUCGUUCUACACAUUGGCCCGUUUUACUGGAACCGACGGAGAGCAGCAUAGCGCGCAAUCGCAACUUCGCGAAGCGUUGCGUAGUCUGCCUUCAGAAUGGCCUUAAAUCACAAAAGACACCAUAUUGUUGCGAGUCCUGUAAGGUGCCACUGUGUAUAAAGGAUUGUUUCAAAGCAUACCAUACACAAUCAUCACAAAAACUAUAGUAUUUAUAUAUUAUGCUUUCCUUUCCAUUUCAAUUCUUCCCAAUUAUGCAUAAAUAACUCUUGUGAUCGGUAUGUUCUGAAAAAAGAGUGCAAGGUGAUGAAUGAUGUGUGUAAAAACGUUAUUUAUGUCGGAGAUGGUCAUAAGAAUAAAUAGCUAAAUCUCUCUUAUUUCAAACCUCAUUUGUGAUAAAAAGUCCGCAACCGCAUUCAUGAAACCUAUAUAGUUAUUUAUUAUACUAUUCGCGCCAAAAAUGACAGGUUGGAAAGUAGAAGCGGGGGAUAUUUGAAUUUUUAAGAGUGGAUUAGAUGUCACGAGACUAAUUAAUUAUUGCGUUAUAUUAAAGUUAGUAAUUAUUGAAACGUGUAAGCGAUUGUGGUGUUAAUAAGAUAGUGUAAAGUUACUAAAUAAUGUGUAAUGAUUGAACAGCGAGAGGCUGGGGAGUUUGUUCUCUCUAGAACUCUUAGCAAGCGGUACGUGACGGGCGGGCGUUGUUCGUAAUAUGUCCAGAUUAGGCUAGGAAGAAACGAUAAUGAGAUAAUGAGGCUUGAAUAUGUGUUUAAUUUAUCCCGAUGUCGGCUAUCCUGACACCUGACACAAGUCGCCGACAUAAUUAUGAUAUAAAUAACAGUCUGUAGCUAUUACAAUGUCUUCAUGUUGUGAUUGUUUUUUUUAUUUUAUUUGUACCUGAAGAACAUGUGUCAUUGUAAAUAAAUAUAUUGUUUUAAUAAGG